GGAGAGCCCAGACGGGCGGAUGGGGGAGGCUUCAGACCUCUGAGUAAGUUUCUCUCUGCAGCCUCCCCUCCUCCUACCUGCCCAGGUGAGCAGCCCAAUAACCCGCCUGCAGUCAGUAAAGCUGCGGGGCGAGGCCGGGCCAAUCAGCGCCACGGGGGAGGCGCUAGCCCAGCCGGGAAAGCCCGACUCCAACCGGCCAGCCGAAGCCGGCCAGACGCGGGAAUUCGCCAGGCCGGGAGAUCUGCGCCAGCGCUUCCGGGCGAGGAGAGACGCGCAGGUGUGGCUGACCUGCUCUGUCGGGAGGCAGCGCAGAAGUCCGGGGCGAUGCGGGGCAAGGACGACGAGUACGACUACCUGUUCAAGAUCGUCCUCAUCGGGGAUUCCGGUGUUGGGAAGAGCAACCUGCUUUCGCGCUUCACCCGGAAUGAGUUCAGCCUGGAGAGCAAAAGCACCAUUGGGGUGGAGUUUGCCACGCGCAGCAUCCAGGUGGAUAACAAGACCGUGAAGGCCCAGAUCUGGGACACAGCUGGGCAGGAGCGCUACCGGGCCAUCACUUCCGCCUACUACCGAGGGGCCGUCGGUGCCCUUCUGGUUUAUGAUAUCGCCAAGUACUUGACCUAUGAAAAUGCAGAGUGCUGGCUGAAGGAGCUACAGGACCACGCGGACGCCAACAUCGUCAUUAUGCUUGUGGGCAACAAGAGCGACCUGCGACACCUGCGGGCCGUGCCCACUGACGAAGCCAAGAGCUUUGCAGAAAAGAAUGGCUUGUCUUUCAUUGAGGCAUCAGCUCUAGAUUCCACCAACGUGGAGGCAGCCUUUCACAACAUCCUGACAGAAAUCUACCGGAUUGUAUCCCAGCGACAACUUGCAGGAGGGCAACCUGAGUCAGAGUUCAGCCACGGGACCACCAUUGAGCCCAUCAAAGUCUUGCCCACUCAACAGGGAGCGAGAGAGACCCCUUGUUGCCAGAACAUCUAACCUCUGGUGGGUUAGAAAGUGAGGAGGCCACCCAGAAACCACCAGGUCUUUCCCUGGCAAAGGAGAGGGCUCCCCUCUACCAGGUGUCUGGCCUACUUGCUUUCCAUCCUGCACACCUGUUUAUCCACAGGGCUUGAAGCUAUCCUUUGGUUCCAGCAGAGACCCCUGGAGGCUGCCCAGUCCUGGAUUCUCCUUAGAAGCUGGACUUCAGUCUCCUAGGAAGCCACUGGCAGAGUUUGGGGUGGGGGGGAGGAAGCAUGAAGGGGGCUGCUGAACAGUCCCUUGUGGUUCUUGUGGAAUUCCCAACUCUUUGCCCCUCUGGCUGGUAGGUAGCAGCUCCCCUGGUCUUGAGACAACUUGAGGGAGAGCCACGGACACGUUGGUCCUUGAGGGUCCACACUCCUGGGUGGCCACCACAGACCAAGGGGUCUCCGCUCUUAUGGCUUCUGCCAAGGAUAUUUUGGGGGACGGGAUGUAUCUUUAAAACAGGCCACUUUCCCCACAUGAUCCCAAGUCCUUUGGAUGACUUUAAAAGUCCCUGGGACUGCCAAGGAGUCUUGUGACUGAUUCCCAGUGCAAACCUUGCAGGUGGGUUUAGCUACCAGCACCCUCCAAGGAAGAACCUGUCCUGCAGGUCUGCCUCAACUGGGCACUCCCCUGAGUCUGUAAGAAGGAGGUUACCUUGGUGAUUGUGUGUGUGCCUCUUGUAAAAAUGCAACUUGACUUCUAACUGCUGGUAUUUAAGGUUGAGGAAGACUCUCUUGGCCAUAGGACUCUCCCAGGAAAUCAGGUCCUCGUUGCCAGUUGCUGACAAUGAGUCUGCAACAAUCAGACAUCCCCAACAAUCUACCUCUCCUCCCUUCUUUUCCCUCUGCUAGAAUUGGGUUCUUCUUAUCUUUCUGUCUUACCAAUAUUCUCUGAGGCAGUUCUGGAAAGGGAGCAUUACUCUUCUGGAAUUGUCUGGACAAACAGAUUCUUGUAGGGUCUAGCAGAGACUCCAUUUUGAUGGCUCCCUUGUGAGAAUCCACAAAUGAUCAUGACCCUCGGAGGACAUUAAUGGAUGUUCUCCAAAGCCUUCCCACCAGACUUCUGUUGUGGUCUUGCUCCAGUUGUGUAAAUAAUAAAACACGGGAAUUUUAAUGUG